AUGACUGAGAAAGCCACCUCGGAGGCCCCCGACUGUGGUCCGGAGGAGUCUGCCUCUGAGUCGGCCAAGGCGCCCGCCACAGAGCCCACUGGAGAAGUGGCAGCGUUGGAGCCUGCCGGGGAAGAACGGGCUCCCACGCCGCCACCGGAGCCUGCUUCUCAGGCCCUGGCGCCUGCAGCCCCCACAGCCCCCACGGCCCCCACAGCCCCCCAAGCCACUAAACCCGCACCUCCAAGUGAAGACGUGCCCAGCGCCCCGCUGCUGCUCGCCUUGGAGGAUGUGAGCGACAGCUCGGUGACCGUGAGCUGGGAGCCACCGGAGAGCCUAGGGAGGCUGGGGCUCCAGGGCUACGUGCUGGAGCUCUGCCAAGAGGGAGCCUCAGAGUGGGUGCCCGUGAACGCCCGGCCCCUGAUGGUGACCCAGCUGACCGUGCGGAACCUGGCUCUGGGGGACAAGUUCUUCCUGCGUGUGGCUGCGGUGAGCUCUGCGGGGACUGGCCCGCCAGCUGUGCUGGAACAGCCUGUCCACAUCCAGAAGCUCAUCGAGGCCCCCAAGAUCCGAGUCCCCCGCCACCUUCGUCAGACCUACAUCCGCCAGGUGGGAGAGCCAGUCAACCUGCAAAUCCCCUUCCAGGGGAGUCCCAAGCCUCAGGUCUCCUGGACCCAUAAUGGCCACGCCCUGGACAGCCAGCGGGUGAAUGUGCGCACCGGGGACCAGGACUCCAUCCUCUUCAUCCGCUCGGCCCAGCGCUCCGACUCGGGCUGCUAUGAGCUCACCGUGCGUCUGGAAGGCCUGGAGGCCAAGGCAGCCAUCGAUAUCCUGGUGAUUGAGAAACCUGGACCACCCAGCAGCAUCCGACUCCUGGACGUCUGGGGCUGCAACGCUGCCCUUGAGUGGACACCGCCCCAGGACACAGGCAACACAGAGCUCCUGGGCUACACCGUGCAGAAGGCAGACAAAAAGACAGGGCAAUGGUUCACGGUGCUGGAGCGCUACCACCCGACCACCUGCACCAUCUCUGACCUCAUCGUGGGAAACGCCUACUCCUUUCGGGUCUUCUCCGAGAACCAGUGCGGGCUCAGCACCUCGGCCGCAACCACCAAGGAGCUAGCCCGCAUCCAGAAGGCAGAUAUUGUUGCCAAACCUAAGGGGUUUGUGGAGCGAGACUUCUCCGAAGCCCCCUCGUUUACCCAGCCCCUGGCUGACCACACCUCCACCCCCGGCUACAGCACUCAGCUCUUCUGCAGCGUCCGAGCAUCACCCAAGCCCAAGAUCAUCUGGAUGAAAAACAAGAUGAACAUCCAGGGUGACCCCAAAUACCGCGCCCUCUCUGAGCAAGGCGUCUGCACCCUGGAAAUCCGGAAGCCCAGCCCCUUUGAUUCCGGGGUCUACACCUGCAAGGCUGUCAACGUGUUAGGGGAGGCAUCUGUGGACUGCCGGCUGGAGGUCAAGGGGAAAGGUAUGGGGAACGUCCUUCCCUAGGGACCGUCCCUUCAUAGAGGCCACCUCUUCCUCUGCUAGGCUAGAUG